UUACGUAAUGCUGUCAUCGCUGAAGCCAUCAAGUCUGCCAGUGGCCCCUGUCAAAAAAACACAGCUAUCAUUCACAGCCAGAUGAUAAACCACCUCAGGUGGGGUUGCAAGGUCACUGUGUGCGUCACGUCCACUGCAGUCCCGCCUUCUCUGCAGGUCACAUCCACUGCAGUCCCGUCUUCUCUGCAGGUCACGUCCACUGCAGUCCCGCCUUCUCUGCAGGUCACGCCCACUGCAGUCCCAACUUCUCUGCAGGUCACGUCCACUGCAUUCCCGCCUUCUCUGCAGGUCACGUCCACUGGAGUCCUGCCUUCUCUGCAGGUCACACCCAUGGCAGUUCCGCCUUCUCUGCAGGUCAUGCCCACUGUAGUCCCGCCUUCUCUGCAGGUCAUGCCCACUGCAGUCCCAGCUUCUCUGCAGGACAUGUCCACUGUAGUCCCACCUUCUCUGCAGGUCACGUCCACUGCAUUCUCGCCUUCUCUGCAGGUCACGCCCACUGGAGUCCUGCCUUCUCUGCAGGUCAUGCCCACUGUAGUCCCGGCUUCUCUGCAGGUCAUACCCACUGCAGUUCCAGCUUCUCUGCAGGUCAUGCCCACUGCAGUCCCACCUUCUCUGUAGGCUCCACCCACAGACUGGGAGAAAAACACAGCAGCAGCAGCAUAAGUCAGU